UUGUUACUCACGCAGGUACCUCCGAGUUUGUGACCCUCGAUUACGGCGGCGGUGGCGCCCAGCUCCGCCGCCCUCCGUGCCCCGGCCAGACCCCCGGAGCCGCCGCCGAUCACCAGAAAGUCGAACCGGGUCACCCCUGUUGUUGUUGUUGCCAUACUGCGACGGAUCACCCGGAAAGACGAGGAAGGUCGAUGUCUGGUGACGGAUGAGAAGUAGAAUACAAGAGCGCAUCAUUCUCCAGCAGACAACAAGCAGAAUCUGAUGUGUACUGUGAUGUGAAGCUGUGGAAGUGGUGGAGCUGCUGCUGCCAGGUGACCCCCUAAACAUGAAGCCCGUCACCUAUCAAAGCUUCCCCACCUUGGUGUACGGCGCGCAACCGCCGGUCCUGGUCCAUUCAAUAAACUCCUCUGUGAUGGCACGCUGCGACAAAUGUGGAUUUGCGUCGUCGGAUGUAGAGCUGUUCAAGAGACACGUGCUUGAGCACACGGCGGCGAAACCGCACUACUCUUUUUGCCAGAAGACUAUGUUCAGCAAGGAGGAGCUGGACGCCCAUCUGCAGCAACAUAUCAAGCACAGGUUCACCUGCCCCCACUGUGGACAGAGCUAUAUGAGGAAUCGCUGCAUGUUGAAACACAUUGAGCGUGUGCAUAAUAAAAACAGUGGUCAAGGACAUGGCAUGACUAAAAAUCCACAGGUCUCCAAUACCUUACCCAGCGCAGAACCGUCAACACGACAGCCAGUUGGAGUGAACGUGCCAACCCUCAACACACAUGCCGUCAGACUGAACAAAGACGCACAGAUUACUAGGACAGUGAACACAAAGGUCAUUAAUCAUCCAAAUGGUGUUUCAAAUAAUGUUACUAAUCACAACAGGGCUUUGACGGUUUCGCUCCCUGAUGAAGUUUCUAUCCCACCUGGCUGUCUGGUGGAACUUGUAGAAGUGAAAACUGUCAAUGGGUCAAAGGAGCUAAAACUGAGGCUGGUCUCUCAACAAGAAAACGAGUCAGUCAGGAAAGACACCAGGACAGCAGUUGAACAAAACCUCACAGCGGGGACGACCUUAGCGCCCAAAUUGAAUCCUCCAAAUGCGACAAAUUCGAGAAACAUGGGGAUGUGCUUUGUGAGCAAGAAGCAGUUUGAAACAAGGGUGGCAUGUCCACAACGUUCCGCUGUAAUCCCUGUCAGCACUUCCAAAAGCCUUGUCUCGAACCAAGCACCGAUGAAGAGGACAUCGCAGGAAGUCAUUAACCUGGCCGACUGCCCCAACAAGGUUUCCAAAAUGCUCCACAAUCCCAUAAGAGAAAGGAUGGAAAUCCCGAAUACGUGGAACAGACCUGUCCCCAAUAGAGUGAAACCUGACGCCGUCAUCUUCACCAGCCAGGCCAGCAGGGUGGCGCGCCUCCCACACCUAGAAAAAAAGGGAUUGUGUGUUUCUCAGCAAAAACCAGAUGAAAGGCUACCAAGUAUUCCAGAGCGUCAAAAGAGUAUUCCCGUCACAAAAGCAGUCAUGACAGAAAGUUCCUUUCGAGACCUGUUGACGUCUGUUAAAGUUGAGCCCGAUGUAGUUAAUCUCCGUGAGAACUCCUCCAAAAUCAAGAAUACUCCAGCAGGGAUCAACGUGGAAAAUCAGAAAUCGACCUCCUUGAAUGUUUCUUCAGGUGCAACUGUCCGAGUGGCACCUCCAACGACCAAGCUUGGCCAGAAGCUUGGCCAGGACAGCGCUACUCCUCAGAUGUCUUUCCCAGUUCCCUCCACUUUGCGACAGAUGCUCAACGAGUCCUCAUCUGUCAAAGCGUCCAUCGCUUCCUCUCGCUCCAAGUCCAGCUGUCCAACUUGGCCACAAGGUGUCCGCUCCAUGGAGAAAGCGCCAGAGCCUAAGAGCUUCCCCGUCAUCUCCUCCGUGUUUUCGCUGAGCCAACAACCAGAAGAGGGUCAGGGCACCAUGCAGCCGCUGGUCAUGGCUUUGCGGGGCAUCGACAUGGACAAACUCCACAACACCGAGAGCUUGAAUCCAGCUGUCGACAUUCGAGAUCGGUUAGCAGCACAGGUGGCCUGUGGCCCUGUGAAAGUGGAAGGGCAUGACAAAAUGAUUGAACACCUGCCUGUCCCGGCCCGGAAUGACAUUAAGGAGGAGGACAAAAACAAUGCAAAGUGGGAGAAAAACAGCAUGACACAGACAGAGCAAGAUGUUCCGUGCUUGGAAUCCAAAAACAAAAAGUCAGUUUGUAAUAACGAGUCGUAUGCGGUGUCGUCUUCUGCUGUUGUGAAUCCUGUAUAUGACAUUUCAAAAUUCCUAACUGUAUCUUUGAUGAGAGUGGACGAAUGCGGUGCGUGGAUGAGCAGCGGGAAUGAGCCGGAACCCGCAGCGUCAAAAUGCGACCCCCCGACGUCUGCACCGAGCGUCCGCACGGAGAUCCAACUAAUGCCGCUCAAGGUGGACCAACUGGUGACGUGGCCGGGCCCGGAUCAGCCCGUGGUCAUCCUCAAUCACCCUAAACCACGGUCUCCCGUCCAGGAGACUGUCGACAAAGUUACUGACACCGGAAGCCCAGAGAAGCCUGCAAAGUGCCAAAUACUAAAGAUGAGGCUGAGCAAAGUGAUGGGACAGAAAUAUGAGGUCAUGGGAUGCACUGUCAGGGUCUCCCCAUGAUGCUCACACAUGAUAAAUAAUCGUGUACAAAUUUGCAGUAUUUACAAUGAAGACCACAGAACUAUUUUAGAUAUAAGAUCUGAAAAACAUUCACUACUGUACAAUUAUGGACAUUUUUGUACAAUUCUUACUUUCUAAUGUGUGCUUUUAAUUAUCAACGACAUUGGUGUUAGUAGCUGUGCAGGAAGCCGGAGAGUGAUUCUGUUUCCAAAGUACAAGCAAGAACACAACAGAGCAUUUAAUUCAAACAUUUUUAAAGCCUUACUAGCGACUCGUAGCAUAGAUGGAUGGAUGUAGGUAGUGUUGUACAGUCAGUAGCUGCAAAUUACAUUUAUUGUUCGAAGUGGGAGGAUUAUAUUGAAAAGAGGAGAGAUACACAGUAUGAUAGAUAUCAGUGUGCCAAGUUUACGUUGUAUUUUUUUUAAACAUCUCAAAGUUUAAGUUUCACUCCCACUUUUCACAUUUUUUUCAUCCAAUUCGAACUGCCGCCCUCUGUUUUUUUUACACUUAAUCACUGCUGUGCCAUAUAAUAGAGCAUAUAACUUUCAAAGAUUUCAAAGAACAGCUGGAUGGAGACCUUAGCUCAGAACAAGAAAGCAUAUUAACCUCUGGUGGCAUUGUGCUUUAUCAUGCACAGUUGUGACUAUUUACUGCAAAUAGUCGUCAGUAAUGUUGAGUAAUAACCACAUUAUUAGCAGCUGUGGUACAUUUCGGAAAGAAAUGUACAGGAAUAGCAAAAUGCAUCCCAGGGGUGCCUUAUAUCUAUUUUUUUUUGCUGCAGGUUUGUGCUUAUGUAGUGGUAAAAUCAAAAAGAACAUUGUGUCACAAAUGCCCGCAUAGCCCCAUAUAAGAUGAUGAACUGAACUCCAUAUUUCAAUGCAAGUAAAGGACAGUCGCUAUUUGAGAGAGGUUCUAAUCAAGACACUUGAUCCCAGAGAAAAAGUAUUAAUUUCUGUGAAGGCAUCGCAGCAUGUCAUGCACUGCCCAAACUAUUCCACCACCUUUUACUGCAAAUUGUCCAAAACAAAACAAGUCCCAGUUUUUAGUAAUAGACUAGUUGUUUUACAUUUUUUUCCAUCCAGAUAAAGAAAAAAACGUGUCACUAAUGUCUCCAUACCUCAGAAUCAUUUAUUUGUAUUGAGGCCACAUAUGGCCUGUGUUUCCAAAAUCUGUCAUUGUGAAUAUUGACACAAAUGAAUACAAGAAAUGGCUAAAGCGUCCUGCUUUGUGUAAAUACAAAAAAAAAGCUUGUUACUGUAUUGAGGAGGAUAGUUUUUACCCACUUGAAAAGGAGCACCUGAAUGCACCAUCUGUGUUGUGUUUUCAAGGCUUGGCAGCUUCAAUUUGGGUCAGAACAGGAGAACAUUUCAAUUCAGUUUUAUUUGUUCUGUACGCGCUUUUGCGUUGCUUAGUUAACAUGUGUUUUUAAUGUAAUACCACUGUUAGAAUUAUGCUAGGAAAAAAGUUUGAAUGCUUAAAAAGUAGGCUCUUUUGGUUGAUUUUUAGUUUGUUGCCAAUGUGUAUAUAAUGUAGAUUUCUGUCUCUUGCCAUUUUAUUUUUGUAUAUGUAAAGUUAUACUUACCAGUCACAACAUUAGAUACACCUGCACAAUACAGGGGUGACCAAACUUUUUCCAACCACCCAGGGCCGCAUCCAGAAACCUGGAUUCAUUUUGUACAUAAAAAAUGCUAAAACCACUCCAGUGUAGGUCAAUAUAUGCUCAAUUUGAACAAAACAUUGACAUUGUAGAUUUUGUCUUAUAGGUGAUAACGUUAAUAUUUUUCAGACUAUGACAAGGGACACACUUUGGACACCCCUCAUCUAAUACAGUACUGUCAAAAAUUAUUUUUACACAUUUCCUGUGAAAUGUUCUAGCUUGGUAAUAACACAGCAGCGUGUCAAAUAUUGUGGUUGCAGUUUUGCACAACUGCGUGUUACAGCUCUUGCAUCAGAUGCCAUUGUGCAGUUGUAGCUAAUGAGUAUCCUGUGAGGCUCUCAAGUAAGAAAAUUGAAUGGAGCUCAACCCUGCUGAGAGAAUAUUUCAGCUUCUUCCAUCCCAACAGAAGAAAUGUGCUUGAAUGUCCUGUGUGGACUUUCAAAAGGGCCAUGACUUUGCAAAAGUGUUUUUUAAAUGUUUUACUUUUGCCUUUUUCAACACCAGUGUCCUCAGUGUUCCUUAUCAUUGCACCGUGUUUUUAUAUUAUUACUGUAGUUUUUUUUCUAUUAAAACUGUGUUCAUGAUGGUCAUGACCUUAA